ACGACUCUCUCCGCGUUUCUGGUUAACCCUAAGCGAGCCGGGAGGAGCGUGGCGGCCGGAGCCGGAGCCGGAGAUGGAGGUGGUGGCGCUGGUGAGCGGCGGCAAGGACAGCUGCUUCUCCAUGAUGCGGUGCCUCGACUACGGCCACAAGGUCGUCGCCCUGGCCAAUCUCAUCCCCCUCGACGACGCCGUCGACGAGCUCGACAGCUACAUGUACCAGACCGUCGGGCACCAGAUCGUGGUCUGCUACGCCAAAUGCAUGGGGCUGCCCCUGUUCCGGCGCCGCAUCAGCGGGUCCACUAGGGAUCACGCUCUGAAAUAUAGCGUCACCCCGGGAGACGAGGUGGAGGAUAUGUUUGCGCUGCUGAGCGAGGUCAAGCGGCGAAUACCCUCCGUCGGCGCAGUGUCCUCGGGCGCCAUCGCCUCCGAUUACCAGAGGCUCCGGGUCGAGAGCGUCUGCUCGAGGCUGGGGCUGGUGUCGCUGGCAUACAUGUGGAAGCAGGAUCAGACUCUGCUUCUCGAAGAAAUGAUAAGAAGGGGCAUUGUGGCUAUAACUGUUAAGGUUGCUGCAAUGGGGCUGAAACCUUCUGCACACUUGGGGAAAGAGCUGUCUGAACUUAAGAGUCAUCUGCUCCAAAUGAAUGAGAGUUAUGGAAUCAAUGUCUGUGGUGAAGGUGGAGAGUACGAAACACUAACUCUUGACUGCCCUCUAUUUCGUAAUGCAAGGAUUGUCCUUGAUGAUUUUGAAGUGAUACUCCACUCCGCUGAUUCCAUUGCUUCAGUUGGAAUUCUUCAUCCCUUGGCAUUUCAUGUUGAGGCCAAGCCAGGUUCGUCCAGUAGCAUUGAGGAUGGCACUAUUGCUCAAGAGAGUUCUAGUUGCUUGUAUGAAGUAAAUGGAGAUAUCGUGCAGACUGAUGUGGAAGACAAACAGACCAGGAAUCCAACACCAACUUCUGAUGCUUACCCAAGUAUGGACGUAUGCAUCUCAAAGACAGGGAAGAGUUUGUUUUCCAUUGGUUGUUGGAUAGGGGAACCCUCUAGUGCUUCAAAAGGCUUGAAGGAAGAUCUAGUCGCAGUUUUGAGCAGAAUUCAGAAUCAACUGAAGGAAGAUGGGUUAAGUUGGGCAAAUGUUCUAUAUGUUCACCUCUACAUUUCAUGUAUGAAGGAAUUUGCAUUAGCCAAUGAAGUUUAUGUCAGCUUCAUCACUGAAAAGAAAUGCCACCUUGGUGUUCCUUCACGCAGUACAAUUGAAUUACCACUAGUUCAGGCUGGUUUAGGCAACACAUAUGUGGAGGUUCUAGUUUCAAAUGACCUUGUCAAAAGAGUUCUCCAUGUACAAAGCAUCUCAUGCUGGGCUCCUAGUUGCAUCGGACCGUACAGCCAGGCAACACUAUAUGGAGAGGUUCUCUACAUGGCUGGUCAGCUUGGGCUUGACCCCCCUACAAUGAAGCUCUGUCCUGGAGGUGCAACAGCUCAACUGGAACUAGCACUGCGAAAUAGUGAAGCUGUGGCCAAUGCCUUCAAGAGCUCUAUCUUUUCUUCGGCAAUACACUUUUUGGUGUACUGCUCUGCCCACCUCACAUCCAGUGAGAAGGAAGAAGUUGAACUUAAACUUCAGAAUUCAUAUAUUGCUCAUUUAGAUUCCUCAAGAACCGGAUCGUACCCUACUAUUCUAUAUGUACUAGCACCUGAUCUUCCAAAAGGGGCGUGUGUGGAGAUAAAACCAACAUUAUAUGUCCCUGCUGACAAUGGCUACAGCGACGACGACGAUGAUGUAGACAUUACCAGCAAGCCGGAGACUGGAGGGUCAAAGCCAGCGUCGAGCAAAGUUCUGAGUGAGUGGAGCGCGCGAUACUCUGACCUGCAUGACUCAUGCUGUCUGGUCCACACCAUCGCUGGGAAGAUUUGUUCUGCCGUAGUCUCGAUCACUAAUGACAUUGCAUCAAAGAUCUGUUCUAGCACGGAACAACUGCACCAAUCAGAGGAGCAACUGAAAGCCAUAGCCAGAUUUUGCGUUUUCCAGAUCGCUAAGAUCCUGAUAGACAACGGCUUUACCUGGGACAGCGUCACGAUGCUGAGGUUCUACUACUUGGUCGAGCACUCGGUGGCGGCGGACGUGAUGUCCCGCAUGUUCUCUGAGGCUUUUGCCGAGCUCGGAAAAGCCACGGGUGGUUCCUUAAGAGCUGAUGGGGUACCUGUUUUCAACGUUCUCCCAGUUUCUGGGUCUGGCCGCUCUGCGUCGAUGCUUGACAUUUUAACGUGUGAGCUGUUGGCUUCCAAGGCUUAAGCCAAGAAUACCUGGCAUGUCGCAUGCCGCAUGGUUAUUCAGGUGGCACUCAGCUGGAACGCAUAUCUUUGCUUGGGACAUUGGAGGUAUGUAGGAUUUCCUGCCAAAACAGCCGGCCGACGCUCUGUUAGCUGGACUGCAGAUUAGCAGUUGCCUUGUUAGUGGUAGUCGGUGAUUUUGAUUUGUUAUAUUACGAUGAUUAUCCGCAUGAUGAUAUACUAUACUACACAACUGUACGCUGGGUCUGGUUGGCCCGUACUGUAGCUUGUAACGACAUUGGUUGGCUCAGUUAGUGGUACAAUUGUCCGUUGCGUUCAUCAGCCAGGUACGGCUCUGUUCUUUAUUGUACUCAGAAGAGAGAGAAAUUACAAGAUCUA